UGCCGGUUCUGAAAAAUUCGCGUGGAUUUGUGUCCGUUGCUUGCUACCUUAACUACCUACCUCACCUUACUUGGGUAGUCGGCCCAAGUUAUCGUUCAACUGGCCCCAGCAACCCGCCGCCCCUAGCUCCCCAUUCCCGAACUGCUCAUACUCAGUCUGUGAAAAACAACCCCAAGUACCUAGGUAGUUAUGGACUACGCGCAAACCAUGGACGCAGCGCAACCGGGCUCAAGCCCAGGCGUUGGGACAAUUUUGAUAAUCGAGAGAUUUAGUGGUGGUCAGACUCAGUUUUUCAAAGAAGUAACUCAGGAAGUCAAAACCGGCUCUAACGAGAGGACGAUAACAUACCCUGAUGGAAAAUCUAUCGUUUUGAGAGGCUUGCAGCAGUUCGGGCCGGCCACGUCGCUCGGGUCGGCGCAGCCACCGUCCGGUGUUACGACCAGUAUUGUAGAGGGCCACAGUCAGACUCUAAGGGUCAUCAAGUCUGCGAUUGACCAGGUGAGGAGGGAUGGUAGCAGUAUCCGCGGGAUCAUCUACCUGCAUCGCUGCGACCAUACUUCAUGGAAUAAAACGGACAACUUCAAGUCUGACAUGAUACGGCUCAUUUUGGGGAAUGGGAAGACAGACCAACAGGUGAAGAUGCGUUGGUACCCUAACACCACCCAUCCUGCGCUUGAUGACGACCGACAAUCAACACUGGAAGAAUGGAAACGCAUCGUCGCCGAUUACAACGGCGGCGCCCUCGACACUCCCAUUUCGAAAGAAUCGCUGAGGCUCCUACUCGAGCAGGGCGAUUCAAUCACGUUGGCUUUGACCGAGGAACUCGCCAAGGAAAAAGAGCUUCGGAAGACGGAGGCUGGUAGGAGGGUGUUGAGGGAGCUGGACACGUCGAUUCAGGAACUUGAACGGCUGAUCAAGGAGUCCAAGAAAAUGUAUCCGCUAGUCGAGAUGCUCAAGGGGUACAAAAAGCGACUCAAGAAAGCGAAGAGCGACUUCAAGAAAGUAAAAGCGCGCUAGCUAUCUAGGAUGCCGGACUUUAGGUUGAUAUCGACAAGUGCGAAGUUGAAGUAAAUGGUUUUAAGUACCUCGGUUUUAUAGUUGACGCUGGGAAGGGAGUCUGAGUCGACCUAGAAAAGAUCAAAGCCGCUGAGUCGUGGGAGCACUCAAAGACCAUCACAUCAGGGGGCGGGGUUUCGUGGCUGUAUCGUGGUUGCCAACUACUACUAGGAAUCCGUCCUAAACUUCUCGAUAGUGGCAACAAGGCGCUGCCAGUCCAAGCUCCUCCCGUGGUCUAACCAAAGGAUGACGCACCACGAGUAAUUCGAGUCGUGUGGGUAAAUGCCACAUGCGCUCUCAGCAACUGGGAAAAUACAUGGACCCUUGAUGAACGGGCGAGACAUAAGUAUUCCAUAGAUGGUAAAAAUUUAGUUCAACGCGUAAUUAUGGUUUG